AUGAAGAUCUCUGGAGCUGCCGUCACUUUCCUCCUUCUCCUGGCUACUCCACGUGAGUUGAUUCCUCUCCUCUCCCUUGAUAAUUGUUCUAGGAGAUUUGGGACUCACACCAGAGUUGAUCGUGUUCGUUCCAUGGGCUUGAUGGUCCUGGGGGAUGGAGGUCAGAUGGAGCAGGAAUCAGAUCAGAUUAUAUCAGGCAGGCGCCUUCACUGUACUCUUUUGGGCGCCUGCAAAAAUAAUUUUUGUUUAGACAAGCCCGGCCAAAACUUGAUACGAGUUUUAAAUCCGUUUGUAAUGUGUUGUUGUUUUAACUUUUUAAAAUAAUUAAAUUGUUAUUCAUUUUUAAAAUUGAUCGUUUUAUUGCUUUAUCCCUUUUUGUAAAGAGCUUUGAGGGCUUGUUUGUUUUCUUUUUACAACCAAUUAGUGCAUAAAUCUUAUGAAAUAGAUCUGCCAGUGUGAUCACUGUUCAGGACCUAAUAUGUCUGGUAACUCAACCAUGAUGUUUGCUCUUCUCAGCCUUUACAAGUCGGCGGACUCCCGCUCCCGGCUGCUGCCUAAGCAACUCUAAAGUUCCAAUCCCAAAGAGUGAAGUCGAGGAUUAUGCCCUCAGCUGGCCUUACUGCCUGCGUUCUGUGGAGUGAGUUUUUGGGAACGGGCAAAAGGCAGGAGGGCUGUUGGCCAAUUGGCAGGGAAGGGGUUGAAGAAACAUGGUGAACAAAGGGUUAGGCAUUUGGGGGCCGUUUGUUUGUUUGUUUGUUUGGAAGGGGAAGGCAGCAGAGAAGCCAGAAUAGAGAAUGAGAUAAUUAGGGGGUCGGAGGGAAGAGCAGGAAUUAGCUCAGUGGUAAGAGCAUCUGCUUGGCAUACAGAAGGUCCAGCUUCAAUCCCCAACAGCAUCUACAGUAGGGCUAGGAAAGACCCCUGUGUGAAAAUGCUGGAGAGUUCCUGCCAGUCAGGUAGACAUUACUGAGCUAGAUGGAGCAAUGGUCUGACUCAUCAAAAGGCAGCUUCAUUAGCUGAGACUGGUUUUGUUGUUACGGUUUCAUUCAGUUAUAUAUGCAUUUUGGGCAAGCAAAUCCCUCAGCACAGAGUGUGUGUUUGGAACAUCGUUUUCACUAAUACAGAUAUUUUGUGUCCAUUCUUUAAUGGGAGAAAUAUAUGGAAAAAUUCAGAGCAAUUUUUGAAAGCAAGCUGUGUUCCAGCAGGCAUACUGGUUUGGGAAGUGGGAAUUGUGUAGGUGGGCAUUCAGGUGUGAGCAGAACAAAUUUCUGCCCCAUCUCGGUGCCUUGCAUUGUGGCAGGUGGACUACCCAAUUAAAGUGGGGUCCUUGGGCUAAUGGAGAAUUAAAAGGGUAUACUCAGUGGCCGACUGUGGGUGCUUGCUACUUUCUCUGACAGGUUUCAUCUCAAGCAUGGUAAAUUCAGGUGUGCUGACCCGGAUCAGCCAUGGGUCCAUGAACUCAUGGAUUACAUAGACAGCCUUGAAGAUCCCUGCAGCUGAAACUGGCACCAAUUGCAGAGCCCUUCCUAGGAGAAGCUACCCUGAGCCUCAGCAACACCAUGGCUGCUUUGCUGGACUAACUUUCUCCCUCUCUCUCUCCCUCACUCCCCACUUCCCCAAAGUUUUGGCCCCUUCACACCGAACAGAGUCUUAGGCCCUGUCAGCACUAUGCAUUUAAACCAGGAUCAUACCACUUUAAACCAUACCCUCCAACGUUCCUCAGAUGAAAAUAGGGACAUUUCUCGCUCUGAAGUUGACAGGUGUCCCUUUCUUACCUUGGUACAACAGACACCAUGACGCACAACUGUCCUGUCUUUACCGGGACAUUCCAGAAUUGCAGAAACUGCCCCAGCUUCUGAUUCCAUCCUGGGAUGUCCUAGGAUUUCAGCCAAGGGGAACCAAAAGACAUGUGUUUAGGUUCCACACCUUUGCUUGCUGGUCAGUUGCUGCCCACCACAGGCAAAUGAGGAGGGCCACAGCUUCCUGAAGAACAGUGCUGCUUCUGGAAGUAAGGCACUGUGGCCCUCCUUGUGCAUGUGAUGCGAGGCAAGCAGCCCCCACCAGCACAAGGGUGAGCAGUGAUGAAUGGUGGCAGACAUUGGCAGGAGCACACACACAUGAGCUGGUAAGGUGGCAGCCAAGCGAGUGGUGGCAGGAGGGUGCGAGCGGCAGCAGGAUGGUGGGUGGGGUGUCCCUAUUUCUUCUUGGGAACUGUUGGAGCUUAUGUAUACACUGUUUGGGGGUUUCUGUUCGUGCAAACAGCCAUCUACUACCCUACCAGAAACUCUGAAAAACCACCUUGUUGUUUUCCAGACUGUGGCUCCGAAACAGAUCCAGUUCCCUGUCUCAUUGUACGUGUUGAUUUACAUCUUUAAGUACUUUUUUUAUUGCAAAUGCUUUGCCCUCUGCAUUGAACAAAGUGAACUUGAGAAAACCCAAGUCUAGCCUCCUAUAUCAUUGCUUAGACCACCUUCCCCUUCUCUGUUCUGAGCAUGUCAGCAAAUCAGUUCUCCUACUGGCUUCUUUCUAAAAUAAAUAUGUGAUGGGCUUCAUUUCUGUCUUUUGCUGUGUCCUUCUCUUUGCUGAAAAUCCCAAAAUGAUGUGGGUUGGACCAGAAAAGGGAGGGAGGGGUUUAGAGUUAAUUUAACACAUUUGAUGAUGGAAUGGGUUUGAUAUUUGAUUUUAUUCUGUGAACCGCUCUGAGACCUCCAGGUACAGGGUGGUAUAUAAAUUCAAUCAAUUAAUAAAAAUAAAUCCAAUAAUUACCCCCAUUCAAAACCCCCAAAGCAGACAAUCAAUAAGCAAUCACCAAGAGGUGUGAUAUUUGGCCGUUCAGCACUUUCCAGUAAAUGAUAUUUGAGCUGCAAUAUAGAAAAAGCAAAAUUUGAUCUAGAUCCCACACUCAAUCAAUUUAUUGCAUACUAACAGGCUCUUCAUCUUCAAAAUCAGAUGCCCUCAUCACAGGUCAGCCACUCUGAAAUCAAGGAAACAAACACAUUUCCCUGAGGGCCAGGAGCUGCUUGUACCAGGAACAAACCCAUAGCUUCAGUCCAGGGGCCAGAGAGUUGGACAUAUCCCUUUCUGCAGAAUCCAUGAAGCCUGAAGAAGGGGCAUAGAAGGAAAAUCCCAAGUCUUGCUUACUGUUCUGUGACAUUUUGAUUGGUCUUGAUAAAAUUAUUGCCUUACUGUGGGCUAUUGGAUCCUUCUUAUCAAGAACAACAAGAGGUCCCUUUCAUUCCCACAACACCACUUUUUUAGGGACUGCCACACACUCCCUUCAGUACCUUGCCCCCAAAAUGUGUGGUUGGUUGAUAGUUAUUGUAUUUAAUUGGACAGGCUAGGUUUUGGUUUUGGGCUGGGUUGUGGAGGGGAACCAUGAGCUGUACAGCAAAAGGGAAUUCAAUGCAGAAGUUGGUGGUAUGGCUUGCAUCAUCUGUCUUCCUCCAACUACGGAAGGUAAAAUGUUCUGUACAUAUUCUAAAAGCAAUUUCCCCUUGCAUAGUUUGUUUGGCACAUUUGAACUCCAGAUUCCACUCCUCUCUAAGUUCCUGAACAUCCACCUUCCAAAAAUAUACAAAGCAUCUAUGAAUGGUUAUGGGUCCAGCUUUCUGUGAAGAUCAAUUUAUUUCCUCCAGCUGAAGUCCUCAAAGCAGAUGAUCUAUAAACAGACAUCAGGAGGUGCUGUAUUUAAAGACAUGGCCAUUCAGCCCUCAGUGGUGAUAUUUGAACUGCAACGUAGAAAAGCAAUAUGUGAUCUAGUGGAUAGAUCCCAUUUCUUGCACACAAACAGGCCCAUUCUCUAUCUUCAAAUUCUGAUUACUUCGUAACAGGAAAGCCACUUUGACCUCAAUGGAACAAACUCAUUGUUUGAGGCUCUGGAGCUCCUUGUACCAGGAACAAACCCAUGGCUUCGGCCCAGUGGCCAGAGAGUUGAACAUGUCCCUUUCUGCAGAAUCCAUGAAGCCUGAAGAGGGAGCAUAGGAGGAAAACCCCAAGUCUUGCUUACUGUUCUGUGACAUUUUGAUUGGUCUUGAUAAAGUUAUUGCCUGACUGUGGGCUAUUGGAUUCUUCUUAUCAAGAACAAGACAUUCCUUUUAUUCCCACUUUUUUGGGGAUUGUCUAUCACCCACUCCCUUGAGUACCUUGGCCUUAAAGAGUGUCACUGGUUGAUAGUUAUUGCAACCUAUUGUAAUUUUUUUAUUUUUUAAAUAAAUUUAUUUAUUUGGUUUUUCAAAUUAAAAUUUUACAGAGAUAUAUAAAACAUAAAUCAUCAAAACAAGAUUCCAAUGAAUCCCCUGGACUUCCAUCCUCCCCUUUGUAGGUCCUGUUAUUUAUCAUUUCCUUCCUCAUCUUUUAUGGUAGUCCAGAUCUUUUGCAUCUCCAUGGUAUCCAGAAUUCACCCUUAAACUACAAGUGAUAUUCCAAUCCUACUAACGAUUUUAACUGUUUACAAUGGUCUUUAAGAUAAGUUAUAAAUUUUCCCCAUUCCUUAUUUAAAAAAAUUAAGGAAUGGCCACAGGGAGUUGGGUAUGUUCAGCCUGGAGAAGAUGGAAAGGUGAAAGUUAUCUUCAAAUAUCUGAAGGGCUGUCACACAGAAGAUGGAGGAAACUCGUUUCCUCCUGCUCCAGAGGGUGGGAGCAGAACCAAUGGAUUCAAAUGACAAGAAUGGCGAUUCCAACUAAACGCUAGGAAGAACUUUAUUAUUAUUUUUUAAAUGAUAUUUAUUAAAGUUUCCAAUAAAAAAAGACACAUCGGUAAAAAAGAAUUAAAAGUAAAAAAGAAAAAUACACAAUACAAAAAUACACAAUACACAAUACAAAAAACAAAAAAUAGAAAAAAGAAAACAGUUAAAAACAAUGCCACCUUUUCGUCACCACUUUUAAAUUUACUUAUUUUCUGGACCUCCUCAUACCUCCUUCUUUUGUAUUCCAGUUCAAUUUGUUUGUCCAGCAAUUUCUUUCCCUCUUUUUUAAUCCCAAACCUUAAUCUUAAUAUAAUAUAACCUUAAAUUUUAACCUAUUAAAAGCCAAUUUUCCAUUUCUUUUAACUUUUUUAAUCCUAAUCCUUAAUCUUGAUCUAUAUAUAUCUUUUCAAAAGCUGUUUGACAGUGAGACAGAUGACUUUGGAAGGUGGUGGACUCUCCUUUGCUGGAGGUUUUUAGACUGAGGUGGAUGGUCACCUGUCAGGGAUUGUUUAGCUGUAAUUCCCACAUUGCAAGGGGUCCCUUUCAACUCUGUGGUUCAAGAGUUGGUUCUAUGGUUCAAGGCAGCUGAGACUGACCACCUCUCACAAGGCGCCAUUAAUUGUCUUCUCAACCCAGCUGGCCAAUCCCAUUUUGUGACCUCCUUAACCAAGGAUCAAGCAUGCAUAGGAAUUGUGAUAGGAUGUGGGUUGGAGUGGGUGCAGGCCCUGCCCUCUCCUGCCUAUCUAUAAGGGGAAGAUGCAAUUGGAGGAGGAGACAGAGGUUCAGCGCAGCACUGAGAGCAACUGGCUUUGAAGGUGAAAGGUAGGAGGACUCUGUAGCAAAGGAGUUUGUUCCAAAAACUGACCUUGGAGAAGGAGGCAGUUACAAUGUAAGUGGGAAGUAUUCUGAGAAGAGGAACACAGUGAACUCAGGAAAUUCAGAACAGAAUUAUGGAAGGUCUGGAAUGAAAAUGAGGCAGGCAAGCCAAUCCUUUCUAUGUGGGACUGUCCUGGGAUGCAAAGAAUAGCCAUCACUUGAGGGCAUUCAUCCAAGCUUUGCAUUCAACUGAUCAGAUACUGGCUUCCAGGUAGAUCUCUGCUUUCUCACACAGGGUGACAAACCCAGUAGCUUUCUAAGGGACCCAGACUAAGCUCCUGCCACCUGGGAACUAAGCCAUUUCAUAGGAGACCCACCAUGUGAAAUACUCUCCCUAUUGAGAGUUGGAGGUCACCAACAGUAGUGUUUUCACCAUCAAUGAAACACCUGUUUGUUUACCCAGCCUUUUACCAACUGCUAGUAAAGGUUCCCUGUUGCCUUUGGGGCCUUUGCUGUUUUCACUCUAAGUACUCUUUUUUUAGAGAUUACUGUCAUGUUUUAUGAUGUGAACCACUCUGGUAUUUUUUGAUAACAAAAAGCAGUAUAUAAAUUCUGAAAAUUAGUUAAUUAGUUAAUUAAACCCUAAGAUCCAGAUGGGGAGGCCAAAAGUCAGAUGAACAGAGGACGUCACUGUAUAAGCCUGAUUGGCAGUAGAAAUAAUUAUUGUUUGUUUGUUUGUUUGUUUGUUUAUAUGCAACCCAUCUGACUGGGUUGCACCAGUCACUCUAGGCAGCUGCCAACAAAUUAAAACACAGUAAGCUAUCAAAGACUGAAAACUUCCCUGUAUAGGAAACUUCCCUAUAAAAUGAUUCCACCCUGCAGAAAAAAGACUCUUGCAAUAAAUUGCCCUUCAGGAAAACAUCAAAGACCUGAAUUUCUCCCAGCAACUGAAAGGCUAAAGCGGAAUACAGUUUAGACUCUGGCCUCCUAGACCACACCAAACCACAACUGCUAGCAGAGGAGUUCCAGGGAUUGCUUACUCAUGAGUAGGCUGCUUACUCAUGAGAAGGCCCCUUUUACUCAAGUGUUCCAUGGUGACUUGGAUAUGCAUGCUGUGCUGUUGCUUUUCGGCUCAGCCGUGGCCUUCUGAAGGACCAAGGGAGGGGGAGAGAGGGAGAGAUUCAUAGAAUCAUAGAAUUGUACAGUUAGAAGGGUUACCCACAGGGCAUCUAGCCCAACUCCCUGCAACCUCCUCCUCUGACAGCUCCAGGGCUUUUUAAGCAGGUCUCUCAGCCUGGAAGGCCUGUGAAGAGGUUCCUUAGCAUUUGUUCAGAGGGGACCCUGCCUGCUCCUGGAUCUGUGUCCUGGUUGUCCUCUGAGAACUCAGUGUCUGGUAUUGGGUCAGAGCUGGGAACAGCAUCUCAAAGGAGAGGUGGAGGAGCUUUAGGUGGUGAGCAUCACAGAAGCGGAGGAAGCCUCUGAAAUGGUCCUGAAAUCUCCUCUUCCUCUCCAGACAGUAUGAAGAUCUCAGGGGCUACUGUUGCCUUACUCCUUGCUGUGGCAGCUCUGCGUGAGUCAACCUGACUUUUCAAUUUGUACAGUACUAUACAUUCCAGCCAUAAAAUAAUAAUAAUAAACAACCUCUCAUAAUCAUCACAGUAUGAGGAUGCAUUCCACCCCAAAAAGCCACCAGAGGAAGGGACAGAAUCAUAGAAGGGUAGAAUUGAAAGGAGCCACCAAGUGUCCUCUAGUCCAGGCAGGUCCAACAGGUAGAUCAUGAUCUACCGGUAGAUCACUGGACGCAUGUGGUAGAUCACUGGCUCUUCCCCCCUCCCCAAAGCUUUCCUCCUCCCUAAAAGAAGCUCAACAACUUUGACCUGAACUCCCCAAAAGGGGGUUGAUCACUGCCAGUAGAUCACAGUCUCUUGGGAGUUGGCCACCCAUGUUAAGUCCAACCCCCUGCAGUGCCUGACGGAUGGACACCCAACCUCUUCUUAAAAGCCUCUGAGGAAGGAGAGUCCAUCACCUUUUGAGAGAAUCCAUUCCACUGUUGAAUGUUCUCCCUAAUGUUUAGGGCUGUGAAGGAUAUAAUGUUUAGGGCUGUGAAGGAUAUGGCCCUGGAUUUGAGAGAAAGACAGGGAGGCCUAGCAGAAGGGAAGACCCACACAGACCCCAGCCCUGAUGUCUUUCAACAUAAAUGCCUCCACACAGAGAGAGACAAGGGGUGCGAUCCUCCAGUCAAGUGGGUGGUGAUGUCUCUGGGUGUUUGAUGCAAAUUAACUCCCAUAGCUUUAGCUCUUGGGCAUCUUACACAUUUCAUAAUAUGAAUAGCAAUGCCUGCUCUCCCCAGCUCUCCAGGCUCGACGGGAUGCCCCACCUGGCUGCUGCUCUGCCCAUUAUCCAGGAAGUGUGGGACCCACUGCCGUAGUGGAUUAUUUCUACCCCGACCCUAAAUGCGCUCUGCCUUCUGUGGUGUAAGUUUUGGGGAAUGGGUGAAAGCCAAGGUGUCAGUUGACGAAUGGUGGGGGAUCAGGAAAGAUGGGAAGCAAAGACUUAAGCAUUUGGGAGCUGGGUUUGGGGAGCGGGGAGAUCAUAGAUACGAUAGAUUGAGAAAAUCAGGAGUGGGUCAGAGGGAAAAGGAGGAGCUGAGACUGAUUUUGCUUCCCCACUAGGGAAGGGCAGAUCCUUCAGUUUCAGUUUCUCUCUAUUUUCCCAUCUUAAAUUCAGCAUUUGCAGACAUUCUGGUGCACCUUUGUUCCAAAAUAUGUGAAUUCCCCAGGAAAGAGUGCUUGUUUGUAUAUUAUUUUCGCUAACAGAGACAUUUUUGUCUGCAUUGGAGAACUGUAUCCAAAAUUCAGAGAAGUCCAAGUGUUUAAGGUGGGCGUGCGGCUUUGGGAAGCGGGGAUUUGGCUGGCAGGCUCUCAUUUAAUGGUGAGCAAAAUGAAUUUGUGCCCCCUCUCUACACCCUGCUGAGAACAUGUGAUCUGUGGUGAGGACGGGCCUGGUGCCUUUUAACAAGGAAGAGGACCUGCCUGCCUGUUUUACCAGUUCCAGAAGUGGAGAAAUAAAUAGCCCUUGUUCAGUGGCCCAUUGAAAAUGCAUUUGGGAUUUUUUAGUCCAGAGAAAAAGCAAGUAAGAGGUGACACGACAGAAGUUUAUAAAAAUGAUGCAUGGCAUGAGAAAAUGGGUAGAGAAACCCAGCCAGUAAAUAAUAAAAUUGUUGUUGUUGUUGUUGUUGGUCUCCCUCUCUCAUAACACCAGGCCAUAAUGUGACCACACCAUCUGUCCUCCUAGGACAGAGAAAAGUGUUAUGUACUGAAGUUCUCACCCUGGACCAGCAGGGGGAUACUGUAGAUAGUUCAGGUCCACAUAUGCAAAUAAGGGAUCAAAAGUGACGUUCAGUGAUUGGAUAGUUACAGAAAAUGGUUACUGUUGCGUUCUAGUGGAGCUCUAUAUAAGCAGGCUGGCUGAACCCUUCAGUUCAGUUCUGUUCUGGCCUGUGAAUAAACAAGAGCUGUUUGAAGAAUCGCUGUGUCAUCUGAUAUGUUCACCCACAACUUAACAAAAAGAGUCUUUCUUCAUGAAGCACAUCAUUAAACAGUGGAACUCCUUCCCUUGGGAGGCAGAUAUGGCCACCAACGUGGAAGAGAAAGCGUAAAAAAGAAUUAGAUAAAUUCAAGGAGGAGAUGGCUCUUGAUGGCCACCAAGCCAUGAUGACGAUGCUCUGCCCUGACAGAUGGAACCUGGAUGUGUCUCCACAGAGGCGUAGCAAGGGCAGGUGAUAGCAGUGCAAAAAAAUUGUGUGUCUCCCCCCACACACACACACAUUGCAGGCCCCAGAGUUGUUGAGCUUCUUUUAGGGAGGGUUGGCCACAAAACAGAUAUGCCCGCCGAUCGUGCUAAUCCGACCGAUGGGCACAUGAAACCGUGCUAGCACUGCCAGCCAGGAUUUGAAAGCACUGCCCACUGGGGGUGUCAGCGCCGCCCACCGAUCGUGAAAAUCUGCCCGCCGAUCGCAUAAAACCGCCCGACGGGGAUGCGAGUGCCACCUGCCAGGGGGUGCCAGGCUGAUCACCAGGCGGAUUUGUGCAAUCAGAGGGUGGAUUUUCAUGACGACAAUCAUGCCACUCGUGAUCCGCCCAGGGGGAUUUUGUCACACACCCCAGGCAUGUCACCCUGGGCGGACCACACCCCCGCACCCCCCUUUGCAACGCCGCUGCUUCUCCACUAGAGUGGUUCUCUCGUUUUCAGACCCCAAUUGCUGGUUUCCUACAGACAUCUGUUUGGCCACUAGGAGGACAGGAGGCUGGUUGAGAUGAACCUGAGCCAUUAGGGGUUAUCUUAUGCUCUUAUGGCUUCUCCUUUCCUUGACAGGUUUAUUUUGCUUAUCCAGAAGCAGCUCUGCGCUAACCCAAAAGCUGAAUGGGCCAUUAAACUUGUGAGAUUCUUAGAUGCAAAGCAUGGGAUCUCCUCCUGAAUCAUCGUGGCUCUGCCUGAAUUCUAUUGUGCGGCUGCAGGAUGAAUUUAUUUCCAUACCAAAUUGUAUGUGUUGAUUUAUGCACAUUAAUUUACAUAUUUAAGUAGCUUUUUUUUUUUUUGGAAAGUGCUUUGCCCUCUGAACUGAGUGAAAGAGAGCUUGAGAACACAUAGCUACAGCCAUCUGUAUCCCUUCUUAGACCAAUUGCUGCUUAUCUGUUCUGAGCCUGUCGGCAGGUCAGUUCUCUUGCUGGGUUCUUUCAAAAAAUAAAGAUGUGAAAGGUC